AUGGCUAGCGAAUGGGUGUCUUCGUUCCCCGGAUUUAAAUCGGUUCAAUCCCUCGGAAAGAAGGCCUACGCCGGCGUGCUAAGAACCGGCCCGGUGCCGAGGCACAUUGGCUUCAUAAUGGACGGGAACAGGCGAUACGCCAGGCGUCGCAACAUAGAGCUCAAAGAAGGCCAUAAUGCCGGAUUUGAAAGCAUGGCGCGUACGUUAGAGACGUGUUACGAUUGUGGAGUUGAGUGUGCCACGGUAUUUGCGUUUUCCGUGGAAAAUUUCAACCGGUCUGCGUACGAGGUGGAGUGGUUGAUGGAGCUCUUUAAGCACAAAUUCUCUCAAAUCGUGGAGCACGGUGACAUGUGCGAACAAUAUGGAAUCCGAGUACGUGUUCUGGGGGACAUAGAACUGCUCCCUAACGAUGUGAUAAAGGUGCUACGGCGUGCAGAACAGAUCACGGAGAAGAACACCAGGGCCGUCCUUAAUGUUUGUUUCGCAUACACAGCCAGACAUGAUAUCCGCCACUCGAUCCAGCAGACCAUCUCCCAAGUUGUUAAGGGGGAGCUGGAUUCGACAGAGAUAUCUGAACAAACGUUGGAGUCGAAUCUGUACACUGGUGGCCUUCCUCCGUUGGAGCUGUUGAUCCGCACAUCUGGUGUUCACCGACUCAGUGACUUCCUUCUUUGGGAGUGCCAUACGUCCACUUGCGAUAUCGAGAUCGUGGACACGUUAUGGCCGGAAUUUGGCGUCAAGGACAUCUGCUGGAUACUGUUGAAAUGGAGUUUCAACCGGAUGUAUGGGCGGAAGUUGCAGGGCGUGGAAGCGAGAGACGAUCUGAAGGGAGAGUGA